AUGGGGACUCUGGAGGCCCGACACCCGUCAAAUCUGCAGCUACUGUUUCUAAUCCUGCUGAGUGGUCCCUGGAUUCAGGGUCUGCCCCUGACUGAGGAAGAGACACUGGCAGAGCCUGGAAGCGAGACCCCAACAGUGGCCUCCGAGGCCCUGGCUGAGCUGCUCCAUGGGGCCUUGCUGAGGAAAGGCCCUGAGAUAGGCUACCUGCCCGGAUCUGAUCCAGACCCCACACUGGCCACCCCUCCAGCUGGCCAGACUCUUGCAGCGCCCUCCCUGCUGUGGGCCACGGAGCCAGGGACAGGGCCUCUGACAACUGCUGUGACUCAGAAGGGGGCCAGGGGAGCAGGCCCCACGGCCCCAGAGCUGCUGACCCCACCCCCGGGAACUAUGGCCCCACCUUUGCCGGGCACCACCUCCCCCAGCCCUCAGGUUGGGCCAGAGGGAGGGGAGGAAGAGACCACCACUACAAUUAUCACCACCACCACUGUCACCACCACAGUGACCAGCCCGGUUCAGUGUAACAACAAUAUCUCCGAGGGUGAAGGGUAUGUGGAGUCUCCAGAUUUGAGGAGCACCACCAGCCACACCUUGGGGCUCCUGGACUGCACGUACAGCAUCCAUGUGUACCCCGGCUAUGGCAUUGAGAUCCAGGUGCAGAUGCUGAACCUGUCCCGGGAAGAGGAAUUGUUGGUGCUGGCUGGCGGGGGGUCCCCAGGUCUGGCUCCCAGACUGCUGGCCAAUUCCUCCAUGCUCGGAGAAGGACAAGUCCUUCGGAGUCCAACCAACCGUCUGCUCCUGCACUUCCAGAGCCCUCGGGCCCCCAGAGGCAGUGGCUUCCGGAUCCACUAUCAGGCCUACCUCCUGAGCUGUGGCUUCCCUCCCCGGCCAGCCCACGGGGACGUGAGCGUGACGGACCUGCACUCGGGAGGCACCGCCACCUUCCACUGUGACUCGGGCUACCAGCUGCAGGGCGAGGAGACCCUCGUCUGCCUCAACGGCACUCGGCCAGCCUGGAGCAGUGAACCACCUAGCUGCAUGGCCUCCUGUGGCGGCACCAUCCACAAUGCUACCCUGGGCCGCAUCGUGUCCCCUGAGCCUGGGGGAGCAGCGGGACCCAACCUCACCUGCCGCUGGGUCAUUGAAGCAGCUGAGGGACGCCGGCUGCACCUGCACUUCGAAAGGGUCUCGCUCGAUGAGGACAAUGACCGGCUGAUGGUGCGCUCAGGAGGUGGGCCCUUAUCCCCGGUCAUCUAUGACUCAGACAUGGACGAUGUCCCAGAACGGGGGCUCAUCAGCGACGCCCAGUCCCUCUACGUGGAGCUUCUCUCAGAGACACCUGCCAACCCCCUGCUGCUGAGCCUGCGAUAUGAAGCCUUUGAGGAAGAUCGCUGCUUUGCUCCCUUCCUGGCACAUGGAAAUGUCACCACCACGGACCCUGACUAUCGCCCGGGGGCGCUGGCCACCUUCUCGUGCCUCCCCGGAUAUGCCCUGGAGCCCCCAGGACCCCCAAAUGCCAUCGAAUGUGUGGAUCCCACAGAACCCCACUGGAAUGAUACAGAGCCAGCCUGCAAGGCCAUGUGUGGUGGGGAGCUGUCCGAGCCCGCCGGUGUGGUCCUGUCUCCGGACUGGCCCCAGAGCUACAGCCCCGGCCAGGACUGCGUGUGGGGCCUGCACGUCCAGGAAGAGAAGCGCAUCCUGCUCCAAGUUGAGAUCUUGAAUGUGCGCGAAGGGGACAUGCUGACGCUCUUUGAUGGGGACGGCCCCAGCGCCCGAGUCCUGGCUCAACUACGGGGACCUCAGCCACGCCGUCGCCUCCUUUCCUCCGGACCUGACCUCACACUACAGUUCCAGGCACCGCCUGGGCCCCCCAACCCGGGCCUGGGCCAGGGCUUCGUGCUGCACUUCAAAGAGGUCCCGAGGAAUGACACCUGCCCCGAGCUGCCACCACCAGAGUGGGGCUGGAGGACAGCAUCCCAUGGGGACCUGAUCCGGGGCACGGUGCUCACUUACCAGUGCGAACCUGGCUAUGAGCUGCUUGGCUCCGACAUCCUCACCUGUCAGUGGGACCUGUCCUGGAGCGCACCACCACCUGCCUGCCAAAAGAUCAUGACCUGUGCUGACCCUGGGGAGAUCACGAACGGGCACCGCACCGCCUCAGACGCCGGCUUCCCUGUGGGCUCACAUGUCCAGUACCGCUGUCUGCCAGGAUACAGCCUGGAGGGGGCGGCCGUACUCACCUGCUACAGCCGGGACACAGGCACGCCCAAGUGGAGCGACCGGGUCCCCAAGUGCGCCUUGAAGUACGAGCCGUGCCUGAACCCUGGUGUCCCUGAGAAUGGCUACCAGACCCUAUACAAACAUCACUACCAGGCGGGCGAGUCCCUUCGCUUCUUCUGCUACGAGGGCUUCGAGCUCAUCGGCGAGGUCACCAUCACCUGUGUGCCUGGUCACCCUUCGCUGUGGACCAGCCAGCCCCCUCUCUGCAAAGUGGCCUAUGAGGAACUCCUGGACAGCCGAAAGCUGGAAGUGACCCAGACCACAGACCCAUCACGGCAGCUGGAGGGUGGGAACCUGGCCUUGGCCAUCCUGCUCCCCCUGGGCUUGGUCAUUGUCCUCGGCAGCGGCGUUUACAUAUACUACACCAAGCUGCAGGGAAAAUCCCUCUUCGGCUUCUCGGGCUCCCACUCCUACAGCCCCAUCACCGUGGAGUCAGACUUCAGCAACCCGUUAUACGAAGCUGGGGAUACACGGGAGUAUGAAGUUUCCAUCUGAACCCCAAGACAGAGAGAGGCUGCAGGACCCAGGACGCCCCUCCUUCCUCAUCCUGAGCAGGGGAGAGUCCAGGGCCUGAGCCCCCAGGCUCCUGGCCCUCCUCCUCUCUGCUGUGUAAAUAGUCUCCCAGUCCCACGAGGGGGCUCUGAUGGCCCUGGGACCCUACAGUAAAUAAACCAGCACCCUGCCGCCCACCGCCGCCGCCUCCUCUCAGUUGCCAACAAGGGUCUUGCCCUAUGCUGUGUGCCCAGUGCUGGCUUCUGGACCCUGGGAGGGGACCUCAGCCCCGGCUGCAACUCCUGGGGUGCCUGUAGCCCAGGGCACCCCAGAAAGACUGCCCCUCCACCUGAUAGCGCUACAGUUCCUUUGGUCACUCCCUGAUGCCCUGGCCCCUGGGCCUUGUGGGGUCAGAAGACCAGGAUGAAGGGGAGGGCUGGGACAAGCCCCUGCCAUGUUCCUGUGGUCUCCCCCACCCCACAAUCUCCCCAUCUUUGCUUCUGGAUUUUUGGUUUUGAGCAAUAAACAGAAAAUCACCAUUUGUAA